UGGUCUGGUCUGUCUGUCAGCGGAAAGAUGCCUAAGGGAAAAGGUCCAAAAGGGAAAAGGAUCACCUUGAAAAUGGCCAAAAAUUCAAUCCGGGUAGCUUUUAAUGGAAGACGCCGUCUUGACUUAAGCAAAAUGGGCAUUACCACCUUCCCCAAGUCCAUUCUGGARCUGGCUGAUGUGGAAGAACUCGAUUUGAGCAGAAACAUGUUAAAGAAGAUCCCAAACGUCAUUGAGAAGUUCCAGAAUCUGAUAUGGCUGGACUUGCACAGUAAUCUGCUUGAUGAGCUGCCCCCAGAAAUAGGCACACUUCAGAACCUUACUUACCUGAACUUAUGCAACAACAGGUUGACCACGGAAAGUCUACCACCAGAGCUGACCCUUCUCAAGAGCCUGCGUACUCUCAACCUUGGCUUGAACCGUCUUGAGACUGUUCCCACCACUCUUGGGUCCCUGAAGGAACUUAUUGAGCUAGGUCUCUUUGACAAUUCAUUGACCAAAAUCCCAAAAAGUUUGAAAAGACUCCCCAAGCUUGAGAGAUUCAAUAUAAAAAGAAACCCUUUACCAGAAUUUGAAGUGAAAGAAGAGGAAGAGGACUUGGUUAAACGCAUAGAAUCRCUUUUCUUAGUGAAACAGGAAGACCUGUGCGGUUCCUGCCUGAACACUUGUAAGGGUGAGCGGGAAGAGUUGCAUGAGUUAGAGCAGAUGACACCGACACCUGGCCCCUCCCCAAAGAAGCCAAGUUUCCCUUCACUCCUUACACCCAAUUCCACUGCAAGGGAUAACCAAGAAGAAUGGAGAGUAAAAGAAACCAAUGAUGAAGAUACAUCAUCAGACUCUACAGAYGAUGCUCCAGAUGAGGCCAGCCCAAACCAAUAAAAAGCUGACCUCUCUCUUCCUCCUGUUUUCUUUCAGUUUUGCUUCUUUAAAGUCU